UACAGAGGAGAAAUACAGUGCUGAGAUCCAGUGAUCUCAGGGAGUAACAGCAUGCCUUAACAUCACAGUCAGAUUCCAGACUGGCUUUGACCCUCAUCAGUAAGAGGAGGCAGUCUGGAUCAAGUGAUACACUAUGAGGUUGGAAAUCUGACUGAAACCUCUAAAAAAUUCUUCUGAGGAUCCAGAGCAACAACAGAGAUGCUGUUAAAUUAUAGUUUGGAAAGGAGGCAGAGUUAUUUGAAUUCAACAAUGAAUGGGCUUUCUAGGACAUCUCUGGACCUCAGGGAUACAAAAAGAAUGUGAGUAUAGUAUGUUUCUUUUGCAGUGCAGUGAGGUUUAUUUUGAAGGUUGUUUGUUUUAUGUACUUGGGACUUUCUUAAUAUUUCUACUGUUAUCCUCUCUUCAUAGACAUAAUGCAUGGAAGUCCAGAAUACAUAACUUCAUCCAGAGUCCAUUAUCAUGGAGUAAAACCAGCAGACAGGAAACAAAUGAAAUAGGCUUACAGGCAAAAUCUCUUGAGACAUUCCUUUCCCAGAAAUGUGAACAAGCAUUCUUUCGGGACUUUCUGAAAUCAGAGUUCAGUGAGGAGAAUAUGGACUUCUGGCUUGCUUGUCAAGAGUUCAAAACUUUUGACAGUCCAGAGGAGUUAAGAAGGAGAGCAGCAAGUAUUUAUGAGGAGUUCAUCAGGCCUGACUCACCCAAACAGGUAAAUCUAGAUUUCCACACAAGAGAGAGCAUCAGGCUGAGCCUCCAGCAAGCAAGUCCAUCAUGUUUUGUUGUGGCACAGAGAAAAAUCUACAGCCUGAUGGAGAAUGGCGCCUUCCCACGUUUUAUUCAAUCUGAGCAAUACAAAGCCCUAUUUAGUGCCACUUCUCAACCAAGAGGCCUUGGGAAGCAUAGCAAGGCCUUGAAGGUGAAAAGGGGGAGCAGUGGUUAGCACUGUCACCUCACAGCAAGAAUGUUCCAGGUUUGAGUCCAGGUCUGGCCCCUUCUGUGCAGAGUCU